AAGUCUACAGAUACCUUUGAUAUAUGUAGUAACUGGUAUUUUAAACAUCAGUUGAUUCUUUUUAUUGUGUUACUUUUUAUUUCAUUCGCACAUAUUUGGUAAUAAAAAAAAAUGGCCGACUACGUUAAACAAUUGGAGUUGGUUGCCAAAAAUGAAAUGAUCAUUAGAAAUCGUUCAGCAGUUAAUGAAAAAUUAGAAAAACUUAUCAAAGAUGGUAUUUCCAAAGUUCAAGUGAUAUCCGAUUUUGAUGGUACUAUAACAAAGCAACACGUGAAUAAUAAGACGCAAUCGCACGGUUAUCUUAUACUGUACCAACUGCCUUUUUUUCCACCAGAACUUCCUCGACGUGCUUUUGAAAUUAAACAGGAAUAUACUAGGUACUUGAGUGAACCAAAUUUGGAAUAUUCGGAGAGAUUGACAAGAAUGUCAGAGCUGUGGUCUAAAUCUAUAGAAGUAUUUAACGGUUUCGUUAUUACCAAAAAUCAGUUGGAUGAUCAUUGUUUGAAUCUUGGAUUGCAACUAAGAGAUAAUACAAAAGAAUUUUUCAAUUUAUUAGAAGAAGAAGAAAUCCCAAUACUUUUAGUGUCUGCAGGUAUCGGCGAUAUCAUUGAAUCUACGAUGAGAAAUGAAGGUGUCUCAAACUCAAAAAUAGAGAUCGCCGCAAAUUACCUCAACUUCGAUCAUGAAGGUAGACUGAAUGGAUUAAAAACUCCACCUAUUCACAAACUCAAUAAAACCGAUUGUAUUAAAGAUAAGCAAUUUUAUAACACAUUGAAAGAGAAGGGCAAUGUUAUAGUGAUAGGAGAUCAGCUUGGAGAUGCUGUGAUGGUGGAAAAAUUAGACAACGUAAACACCGUACUCAAAAUUGGAUUUUUCUAUGGAGAGCCUGAUUCAGCAUUACCAAAAUGGCAAGACACUUUUGAUAUUAUACUUAAAGAUGACCAAUCCAUGAAUAUACCAAAUGCUGUAUUGAAUUUAUUGAAGAAUAAAUAAAUUGAUCUCAUCUUA